GUGAAGGAUGGCUGUCCCACCACCCUCCCACUAGAGUCAAUUAUCGCCAAUUCAUCGGGAUACGAGAUCGACAAUUUUAUCCAUCACCACGCGCUCCUUUGAACCCCUCUUACCGACGCAGACAGGAUAUCACAGCAGGAAAAUGACGGACGCCGAACCCCUCUACGUCUACAAGCUCGUUCCGUCUACAGCUCCGGUCCGGGAACCUCUCCCCGAACGGCUGCCGGUUAGCGAGCUCGAUGAGAAUUCGGGAUUCGUCCACCUCUCCACAGCAUUCCAGAUACCAAAUACCCUCAAGUUCUUCUUCAAGGACGAGCCGCUUGUCUACGUGCUCCGGAUUCCGUUCGAACGGGUAGCCAGCGAGAUCCGAUGGGAAAACCCCGAGGGGACUGUAUGCGGACCGCGACCGAAAGAGGGCUUGUUUCCGCAUCUGUACAAUGACCUCAAGUUGGGUAAAGAUGAGGUAGAAACCGUUGCGAUAUGGAAGAAUGAGGAAGGCUGGGAUAAAGCGCUCGUACAGGCCAAGCCGUGGCUUCUGUAUUGAUCGCCUUACGCAUUACGGCAGUAUUCAGAGCUAUGAUACAUGUACAUAUUCUCUCAUAAAAUUUCCCAGAGAUAUGUUCUGGAGCGAGCAAGUGACGAUGGAAAAUGCAUAUUUGCCUUGGCGGCAUGCUGAC